GGAAUUGUAAUGACAUUUGUCCAUUGGAAUUGUAAUUAGUGUUUAAUUGUGAUUAUCAUCAUUCUAAUCUGAUUGUAAACUUUCAAUUACUGUUAAUCGAUUAACAAUUUGUGUCCAUGUUAUAAUUAAUUGGUGAAAAUGAGUUAGUCUAAUAUUGAAAAAUCACCUGAUUGUAUGACCAGAGGAACAUAUGAUAUACAUCAUUUUCAUCUAUUCAGAUUGUUUGGUGUUACGAUUUACCAAUUGUUAUUCUUAAUUGUUGGUGGUUUGUCAUGAGGACUGAGAAAUUGGUUAAUCGGUACAUUGAGAGAAUCACAUUGGAUAAAAUCAUUGGCAAUUAACUCUGGUGAUUAUGAGUCUAUUGGAAAAUGAAGAUGAAUCAGUGAUAGGAAAAGAAAAUGUUAAUCAAGAGAAGGAAAUUCCAUCGGAUAUUUGUUAUUGUGGAACCGAUGCUGAUGAGGAAACUGAUGGAGAGGGUGAUGAAGAUGAAGAUGAAGAUGAUGACGAUGAUUUAAAUUACUUUACUGACAGUCCAUUGGAUUAUUGUGAAAAUACUGGUGGAGGCGGUGAAAGGUAUCACAAUCGAUUGAGACGAUUAGAAGAUGAACAAGAGCAAUUAAAUUGUUCUUUAAUAGCAUUGACCUCACAUUUUGCUCAAGUUCAAUUACGAUUAAAGCAAAUUGUUGAAGCUUCGUCUGAGGAGAAGGAGGUUUUACUCAAACAAUUAGAGGAAUUUGCAUUCCGUGGUAUUCCAGAUCUUCGUGAACCCUCAAUACCUCACCGAGCAUCCGAAAGUGAUGAUGAUGAUGAUGAUCAAGUUAUCGAUUCUACUCCCCUUAAGGGCAAUAAUAAUAGUAAUAAUAAUAAUACUUCUUCUGUUAGUGUUAAUCAGAAAUUAGAGUUCCAAAGGAAACGACAAAAGGAAUUAAUUCACAAAUUGAGAGAUCAAUUAGAGGAAUUGGAGCAAUACGCUUACGAAACUGGUCAGAGUAACGCUUUACCUUCAUCUCUACUAUUAGAAAGACAAACGGUCAUCAUAGAGCAAUUAAAAGGUAAACUUCCAUUACAAUUAGAUCAAUUUGAUAAAUCAUCUCCAGAGGAUUUGAGACGACAAGUUGACGAUGCGAUUAGAGAGCUGGUUAAUCCUGCACUGAUGAAAGAACAAUUAGUAAAUCAAUUGAAAACCCAGGUAACUGAUUUAGAGAGAUUCAUUGAAUUUCUUCAAGUUGAGGAAGGUUGUGUUGGUAGAAGAGGUAAAAGAGGUGGUAAAUGUACCUGUAAUUGUCCACUUCAUGGUAAUGCUCAGAGAGCAUUGGUAAAGAAAUUAGAUUUAAUUCCAGAUGAUAGAAUUAAAAAUGGUCGAUCAGGUAAAUCACGAGAAAAUGGUCGACGUAGUUUAGCCGGAGAAGAGCAUUUAACUCGUAAUCGAAAGGAGAUUGUUACUAGAAUCAUUCGUCGAGUGGUCACCUUAAUUCAAUUGUUUACAUUCGCACAAUUUGGCUGCAAUGGGUUAGGUCAAACCCUCGAACGAAGUAUGGCCAAGAAACAUUCCAAAGGAAAUCAUUGGGGUGAUUCAAGAGCUAAAUUAGAAAUGGCAAUUACUAAAUUAUCGGAAAUCAAUGAAGAAAAAUCCUUCAAUGAUUCAGAUUAUACAAGUGAGAGUGAAGAGACUCCAGUUUUCCAAUAUAAUGAGAAAAUGACCAAUGCUGUUCGUAAAGAGUUCUGUUCAUGUUUAAAAGAGUUAAUCGAACAUGGAUUGACCUGUAAAUACAAUGGACACAUUGGCACUUCACUCAUUCCAUCUUAUCUCAUUGGAUUGGGCUGUUUCUCAACUCGAUCAGCUCAAUUAUCUCAAGAUCGGUCACUAACCGCCUGGGAUCUUAUACUCAAGUAUUAUCAAUUGAAGAAUGGUCAACAAUUCAACUCGUGUCCAGCUCGUAGACUCUCACAGAGUUUCAACUUGGAGAUUGUUGGAAAUGUCGCCAUCACACCGAAACAUUCACUUCUCACAACAAUUGACAAUAUUAUCCAAACACACACAAAAUUGCGCCGAAGUCCAGAGAGCCAUUUAAAAGCCUUUAUUUGUGAAGCUUUAAAUCAGCGAAAAUUAGUUGUAUGGUUGAAACUAAUUCUCAAGAAUCGUACCUUGUUAGACAAUUAUUAUGAAGAAUGGAGUUACACCGCAGCCACCGGAUGGGAAGACGCAUUCACGAGUCUCCAGAAAUUAAACGAAAUCAACUUUAAAUUGCCCACUGAUUGGGCCAUUCGUCAACUACAAAACAUUAACGAUGCCUUUAACUGAUCUCGAAACCAAUCUCAUCUCCUUAAAAAUCAAAUGAAAAAUUAAAAGACAUUGAAAUUAUUCUUGAUUUAAUGUAAAAAAAUGAAACAAAAAAUCAGAAUCUAUCAACUAUAAACACGAGAGAAUGAGACAAAACGAAAACGAAAACAAUUGUAAAAUUAACUAUUAUUUAAAGACAAAAUCUCAUCAACAUUACCUUUUAAAAUGAUUAACCUUAAACUUUGAGGACUGUCCAAAUAUAAUGUAACCAGAAAAGAGAAUUUAAAUCUAUAAGAAAAACAAUUAAAUUAGAAAAAUAAAACAAUUGAAAUGAA